CCCUCAGCAAAUGGCGCGCCGCAUCUCGCUGCUCGGCCUGCUCGGCGCCCUGCUCGCGCUCGCCGUGUGCGCGGCGACGGCGCACAUGAUCGAGCUGCAGCCCAGUGCAAAGGAGUGCUUCUUUGAAGACCUCAACCCCGGCGAUCAGAUGACGCUGACCUUCCAAGUAGGCGGCGGCGGCCAUCUCGACGUCGAUGCCUGGCUUGAUGAUCCUCUCUCUGCGCGCCUCUUCGAGCUGCACCACAAGGACACAGGCACGUACUCCUUCACUGCCUCACAAGCCGGCAAGUACACGUACUGCUUCAGCAAUGAGUUUAGCACCGUGUCCGACAAGACUGUUUCCUUCAACGUGCACGGCAUCAUCUACGUGCCCGACGAUGGCGAGAUGCUGCCCAUUGAGCGAGAAAUCAGAGAUUUGGCAGCGAGUCUGCAGGCCAUCAAGGAUGAACAGGAAUACCUCGUCAUUCGCGAGAGGGUGCAUCGCAACACUGCCGAAUCGACCAAUUCGCGCGUCAAGUGGUGGAGCAUUCUGCAGGGCUUCAUGCUCGUUGGCGUCUGCUCGUUGCAAGUCUACUUCGUCAAGCGGCAAUUCGAGGUGCGAGGCUCGAAUCGCUCGGCCUUCUGAGGCUGCGGCGGUGCAUACAUCAAGGCGUUGCUCACACGCCCGCGUGUGUAUCUUCACGUCCCUCACGCGAGGCCCCUGUAUUCUUCUCACG